AUGAGCGCGCCCAUUGACGAUCUGCUCUACGGCGGCGACGACGACUCGGGGGACGACAGCGAAAUGCACACGUCGCUGCCUGUGCUUCGCUCGUACGCAGGUGUGCCACUCGCUGGUGCAGCGGUUGCACCCCCAGGGGGUCUGCUGUUAGCACCUGCGACAGGCGCACCGGCCGGUCUCAAGCCCGUGCCAGUGAUGACGUCAGCUACGACAGGUGGCGCACCUCCGCCACUGGAUCUACCGACGCUGUCGACUGGUGCGUCGGCGGCGCAUACUUCAGUAGCAGCAGCAGCAGCAGCAACAGUCGCAGCAGCACGAGCACCAGCAGCAACUGUCGCUGCAGCACCUGUGGCGCCCGUGAAACAAGCGCCAGGCUCUGGCCAGCAGAUGUUUCAGCAAAUGUUUGCCUUGUUGAAGCAAAUGCUGCCAGUCGAGCAGUACGCGACACUGCACUCGGAGAUGCGGAAAGGCAAUGGCAAUGACAUCAAGUCGAUUGUUGAGAUCAUCAAGCGGAUUGCAGGCGACGCGAUUUUCUCGAGCGUGAUCCAGAAAAUGGACUUGACGAGGACGCUGCCUACUGCUGGUAGCACUGCUGCGACUGCUACUGCUGCUACUGCACCGAGUACACUUGGCGCCGUGAAGGCUGAGCCAGGAGCUGCGACAGCUUCGUCGUCGAUGUUGACCUCUGGAGUCUUAGGUGGGCCGUUGGCUGAUAGGACAACGGGUCUGGCUGCGCGGCCAGUGGCGUCGACGAUUGCUGCGGCACCGAAGCCCACGGCGAUUGCGCCGAACACGCGACCGAUUGCUGCAGCAUCGCCUUCGCUGGCAGCUGCAGCGCCAGUAGCGAUACCCACGUCGAUUGCAGCACGACCAACGCAAGCCCAGCAACCGCCUGGGACAGCAAAUACUCCACUAGCAAAGGGGUUGCAUGAUGGCGUAAAGCCGGAGCCGGCAGAUACAGCAGCUACUGUAUUCACAUCGUCGUCGUCUCCUAGCACACCUCUAGGUGCCGGGCAGUCGAGGAAUGAAGCUCUGGAGAAGAUUUUGUUCGCCAAGCGCUUGCUAUCGCAUGCCGCAACGUGCUCGCUCUCUCAUGGCGUUUGUCAGGUGAAGAAGUGUGACGAUGUGCGCCGAGUAUUCAAGCACAGCUUGUCUUGUGGAGGAGCAAACGGAUGCUCGCACUGCGAACAGCUGAAGGGUCUCGUGAAGUAUCAUGCGAAGGAGUGUGCUGUCGGGAUUGCCGAGCAUUGCUCGAUUCCAUUUUGCGACGGCUUGCGGCGCACGUACGUACAGAGCCAAGCAGCCUCGGCGGCUAAGGUCAAAGCAGCCCAAGCGAGUGGAAUGGUGGAGAGUGAUGAUGAUGACGAUAACACACCCCUGUCUUCCGCAGUGAACAAAGCCAAGAAGCUAGCAAAGGCAAAGUCUCCCAAGAGCGUGCCUGUUCGAGGUAGCGUCGUUGCUCAGCCUCUGAAGCGAAAAGGAUCGAUUACGUCGCUUGCUAGACCAAACAGCGCUACACCUCCUGGGCCCUCAGUAGUGGCAGCGCCUUCGAAUGCUACGACAAUAGCCACCGCAUCAACAGCAUUUCCCGCCUCAGCCGGCGCCAAGCCACAGCAGAAGAAUGUUACUGCUAACAUGACCCAGGAGUACGGUCGUCUGUUACAGCUGAUUCUCCACGUAGAAAAGUGCACGACCAGUGCGUGCGCCGUUGGCGAAGAGUGUGCUGAGUCGAAGGCGAUUAUGAAGCAGAUGGCUUCCCAGAACCCACCAGUUCGGGCCAAAACAUACAAGCAAGUCUAUGGUCACUACAAGACCUGUGUGGCGAAAAACAACACGGCGAAUUGUCCGAUGUGCAAAAUCGGGCUGCUGCCCAUCCUGCCAGCACCCAGCCCGGCAUCAUCAUCAUCUCAUGCACAGAUGGGCUUUAAGACGUCGAUUGCACCCGCGAAUGCUGUUGCGGCCAGCACCGUCGCGACUUUUCCUGUGUCCGGGGACUCCAACAAGCGUGGAAAUAGUGCAGUGUCACCGGCGCCGCGCUCCCCCGUUGAAGAAGCCACGGACUAA